UUUCGCAAAGUUGUCAGUUGCUACAUCUUGCUUUUGACGUUAUAUUCAAAUUCUAAUCAAAAUAUAUAUCACGCUUCUCUAAACUGCGCUCACCGCAGUCCGAAAGAGACAUGGCUUCUGUUCUGGUCGCGUUCGUCCUGGUUUUCGUGGCAUCGUUACAGUUCGUAACGACUCCGGUCUAUGGAACUCCACAUUGCGACCCCGCUGGAUGGAGCAUCUUUGGUUCCUGCACAAAAUACAGUCGUAUCGAGUAUCAUGGUUCCAAACUUAGCUGCAUCUACUACUGCGGGCCUAAUAAUGCAAUUUGCUAUAAAAAAGAGAAGGACAGAGAACCUUGCUUGAACUUUGACAGCGCAUCGAAAGGCAGGUGCUUCAGGGGGCGGUGUUACACACCGGAAGAAUACGAAAGCAUGCGUCCACCACACUGUAAGCACUACCGCAGUCCACCGCUAGACUGCCCGAAAGGACACGACUACAUUAAAAACUCGCAGGGAAUUCGUUACGGAUGCCAGUACUACUGCAAGAGAGGCCGGAGUAAACACCCGUAUCCCAGGGAAGUUGAUGGCAGUGACUGUCUCAUUCCAUCGACUGCAGCAAAUGGCAUAUGUUGGAACGGCGAGUGCAUUCGUCGGCGUGCAUGACAGAAUGCAGACGAUGAUGACAGAAGAUGAGAUGGAAAUCGCACAAGUUGGCAAUUCUUUUUUCAAGGGGAAUAAAUAUUUUAUCAAU